AUGACAUCGUCAACACUCAUCGGGUUUAUACCUAAACAUGCCCAACCAUUCUCUCUGGAGGAAGCUAUGGGUCUGGAAGUAGAGACACUGGUGAACGAGAUCAAACGUUUGGAAAAUUCAAUCAAGCACUUACAGCGUACCCAAUCCGACCUGAGGUCGUAUCUAGAAGAAGAUGAAGAUGGGGAUGGGGAGAUAGGAAAGGCAUAUAUGGAGAAUGAGGACACGAUAUCUAGUCAAUCUGAACGUAUAACCCUGAUCAAGCUCGCUUUGAUCAACAAACUGGGUUCAGAUGCUCGAUUGGAACAUUAUGGAUUAUCAAUCGAUCAACCCAAAUCGCAGUCCAAUGGCGCAGAUCGUUCUUCCCAACCACUACAUCAACCACAGACACAGUCAACAAAUCAUGGGAAUGAUUCAGGUGUGAAUAUAGAUAUAGAUAGAUUACCUAGAAACAUAGUAGAAGAUCAGGGUGGCGGAUCAGCUGCUCCCGCAUCGGACGAGCCUGAAGGUGGAUUGCAUCUGUGA